AUGCAAAUGAAUCCUAUCUCGAAGCUGGCUCUGGGGUUAAUACUUCUCAGCUCAGUUUUUGCCUCCGUUGCGGAGCUUGAUUUCGGUCACUGCGAAAGAGUGGUGAAAAGCUGGGCGGAUUCUUCAUCGUCUCGUGAAGAACAUCCCAACAAAGACAAACGCUCGCUUCAGGAUUUACUCUUCUUUCUCCAUGUUCCCCGAACCGGAGGCAGGACUUAUUUUCAUUGUUUCUUGAGGAAAUUGUAUGAUAGUUCUGAGGAAUGUCCUCGAUCUUACGAUAAGCUCCACUUCAAUCCUAGGAAAGAAAAGUGCAAGUUGUUGGCUACACAUGAUGACUAUAGUUUGAUGGCAAAGCUUCCAAGAGAGAGAACUUCAGUGAUGACAAUAGUUCGGGAUCCUAUUGCGCGUGUGUUAAGCACGUAUGAGUUCUCAGUAGAGGUAGCUGCUAGGUUUUUGGUGCAUCCCAAUUUGACUUCUGCGACAAGGAUGUCUAGCCGCAUACGCAAGAACAAUGUUAUAAGCACACUAGACAUUUGGCCAUGGAAGUAUUUAGUUCCUUGGAUGAGACAAGACCUCUUUGCUCGGCGUGAUGCACGGAAAUCAAAGGGCGUAGUUAUCAUUGAGGACGAUAACCCAUAUGACAUGGAGGAAAUGCUUAUGCCUUUGCACAAGUAUCUCGAUACGCCUACUGCUCAUGACAUAAUCCACAAUGGAGCGACGUUUCAGAUUGCAGGAUUGACAAAUAACUCCCAUUUAUCAGAAGCACACGAGGUUCGGCAUUGUGUGCAGAAGUACAAGAGCCUUGGUGAGCCUGUUCUCCAAGUCGCCAAGAGAAGGUUGGACAGCAUGUUGUAUGUUGGACUGACAGAGGAGCACAGGGAAUCUGCAUCACUUUUUGCCAAUGUUGUGGGUUCUCAAGUGCUUUCCCAAGUGGUUCCGUCAAAUGCAACUGCGAAAACCGAAACUACGAAAUCAGAAUCAAGUGUUACAGUUUCAGAAUCAGGGUCAGAUAAGAGUGAAUUUCAGAAUGGUACAUCUGAAGUUGCAUCGAAUAACACAGAAGCUAAGAGUGGAAAUAUGACGGUAAAAACCCUAAUGAAAGUCUAUGAAGGCUGCAUUACUCAUCUACGGAAGACGCAAGGAACCAGACGAGUCAACUCAUUGAAGAGAAUUUCUCCAGCAAAUUUUACCAGAGGAACGCGUACAAGAGUUCCUAACGAGGUCAUUCAACAGAUCAAAUCGCUUAACAACCUAGACGUGGAGCUUUACAAGUAUGCAAAAGAAAUCUUUGUCAAAGAACAUGAACUUGUGUCCAAGAAGUUGGUUUCGACUUCAAAGAGAAGCAUUGUUGAUCUGCAGAAUGAGUUAAGGAGUGUAUUUGGAGAAAUGGAUGAUGAGAAGAUGUGGAAGUUCGUAUCAGUGGCAUUGAUGCUUUUAUUGCUAUUCCUCUUGUUUCUAUUUUUAAACGCUAGAAGAAGAAGAACCUCCAAGGUUAAGAUUUGA